CGUUACUCGCCUUAAGAGCGAGAGAGAGAGAGAGAUAACGAGUAGAAGAAUCUACAGUGAAAUACAAAACCAAACGUCACGCCGCCAGCGUCAUGUGGAGCCCACAGAAAGGCCCAACACGCCUGUGGGACCUUAGAUUUAGUAGCUGUAUAUUUAUCUUACACUUAAUGUUUAGUUUAGUCAUAGCUGGUAAUGAACUGUGGCCCAUGGAUCGGCCAGAUGGCAUGCCAAACAUUGUGUCCCUGGAGGUGAUGUGCGGCAAGGAUCAUAUGGAUGUGCAUCUUACCUUCUCGCAUCCAUUUGAGGGUAUUGUCAGCUCUAAAGGACAACACAGCGAUCCGCGAUGUGUGUAUGUACCGCCUUCCACAGGCAAAACAUUCUUCUCCUUCCGGAUCUCCUAUUCGCGAUGCGGCACCAAACCCGAUCUUAAUGGACAAUUCUAUGAGAACACGGUGGUGGUGCAAUAUGAUAAGGAUCUGCUGGAGGUCUGGGAUGAGGCGAAACGUUUGCGUUGCGAAUGGUUCAAUGAUUAUGAGAAGACUGCCUCCAAGCCACCGAUGGUAAUAGCCGAUCUUGAUGUCAUUCAACUUGAUUUUCGUGGUGACAAUGUUGACUGCUGGAUGGAGAUUCAGCAUGGCAAAGGACCUUGGGCGCCGCCCGUCAGUGGGAUUGUACCGCUUGGCUCCACGCUGACCUUGGUGGUGGCCAUCAAUGAUUAUCGAGGUGAAUUUGAUAUGCGCGUCAAGUCGUGUGUGGCCUCCGAUGGCUCCGGCCAUGUCAUCAAUCUCUCGGAUGAAUUUGGCUGCGUCCUGCGUCCCAAGAUGAUCUCCCGCUUCCUGAAGGCCCGUGCUCCCGAUGAGCGUGCCACUGUUAUAACGUACGCCUUCUUCCAUGCCUUCAAGUUCCCCGACGCGCUUAGUGUCCACAUCAAAUGCAAGGUGGAGAUCUGCCGUCACGGAUGCCUCGAUCACUGCCAGAACACGGGAGCCGGCGGCGGAGGCAUUGGUUCUGGUGAGGCUUUGGGACUGGGACUCGGCCUGACGAAUGCCAAUGAGCGGAAGGAUGUCCACAUGUCGGAUGCAAUGGGCAGUAGCAGCAGCAACGAUCUAUUGAGGGAUCUGUCCCUGCCUCCACCUCCACCCGGCGGUCAUGGCCAUGGCCUGGGCAUGGGCAUGGGUCUGGACCACGACAUCUUCUACGAGGACAUUAUCCAUGAUCACAAGCAGACACUGGGCGGCGGCGGUGGCGGAGAUUAUGGAGGCCAUGAGAGCAAGAGCGGCGGCGUGAAUCUACAGCCGCGUCCCGUGCACGAGGAACAGGAAGAAGCCGAUCUCUCCGAUCUCUUCGGGGAUGAGGAUAUGGCCGAUCUGGAUAUGGAGGGCGGCGACGGAGGCGAGCGUUAUUUGGGCUUGAAGAAGAGCGGCAAGUUCCCGCAUGGACCCCGACAGCUGGAGGCCCAGAAGCGUAUGGGUGUGCCCAUGGCAGGACCACGUUCCCUGGAUCCCUCACGUAAUCAUCAGGAUGAUGAUGAGGUGCCACGUCCGGUUUACAGGCCACAAGCCGAGGCCCUUAAGAAGCCUCGCGAGGAUCAUAUUGACUUGGACAGGGAGGAGGAGGAGAGGGAUCAGAAGAAGGACCAGCAGCAUGACAAGGAACAGCAGAAGGAGCAGGGCCAGGAGCAACCAAAGGAGGAGAGUAACCACAGUCAUCGUCGCCGCCGCCGUUCUCUGGUCAUUUCCGAUCGCAAGGUGCGCAGUGCCGAUGUGGGCGUUAGCGGUCUCUACGAUGUCAUCUCGGAGGCAGACUUGGCCUUCUCGCCGGAUUCCAAACAGGAGGCAGUCACCGUCUUCCAGGGCAAGAUCAGCGAGGAGGUUGUCUAUGGCAUCUGUAUGCCAGUGCCCGGCUUUAGCAUUCUCUUCAUUGUCGUCAUUUCGGCGACAAUUGUCUCGGCCUUGGUGGCCGGUUCGCUGCUGUAUCGCUAUCAGUUGCAAAAGGAGGCGCUGGAUAAGCAGACACCAAUGCCCGUGCCUGGGACACUGGCCUCCUGGAUGACCCUGCGACUGUUCCGCUUGAGGCACAUGCAACAGCAUCAGCAACAGCAGCAGCAACAACAGCAGCAACAA